GUCAUGUUCGAGAUGUUCACCAACAAGCUCCCCUUCGAAGUACGGGGAAAUGUUGAGGGUGCUGCAAAGCAGCAAGCCAAGUGGGUGGAACUCCAUAGCAAAGGCCCGAAUUGGGAUCUUCUCAGAUGUAGCGCAGAAGCAAAGACUGUGUGCAAGAUGCUGCUGACUUUCCGAGAAAGUGCUCGGCCCUCUGCACAGGAGUGUCUUCAGAACCACUGGUUGAAGGUACCUGAGGCCGAGGAGCUGACUCAGCAAGAGAUGGAAAAGCUGUGCUCUGCGGUUCUCACAUGGCGGGAUCGAUCCGCAUGCCAAAGAGCCUUCUGCUUGAAGGUGGCAGCGAACUGUACCUGCAUUGACAAAUUUGCGAAAAUUUUCGUCAAGUUCGAUACGGACCACAGUGGCAUUCUGGAUACCCCAGAGAUGGUCUCAGCGCUGAUGUCGGUGGGGAUAUCGAAGGAUUUGGCCAAGAAAACCGCCAAGGCUCUAGACGUCAAUGGCGAUAAUUCGUGUGAGUACCUCGAGUUCACGGCCGCAUGCCUCUUGUCGAUGGAGGAAGAGUUUGACGAGCUGCUUCGGCAAGAAUUCCGGAUCCUGGAUGCCAAGCGAUCAGGAAAUCUGUCUCCCAAAGAGAUGGAGCCGCUGAUGAUGGAGCUCAAAGCUCUGGCGGCAUCCCGCGGCUUCACCAUUGAGGAGAUUGAUGCCGACGGGGACGGCCAGGUCGAUUUUCACGAGUUCUGCUCCUACUUUGGCAGACCGAAUGUUUCAUACUCCAGGGCGUUGCCAAGGAAGGAUGGGCCGAAUGGGCUCUCCAGAAUGCCCAUGAAACAGCAUGUGCGGAUCAUGGGUGGCCAGGGCAAGAGCAUUGAGACCAGCAUGGAGGCAAUUCGCAAGAGCAUGCCAGCCGGCAAGAACGAUGCCGCUCCCAUCAAGAAGGGAGAGAUUGAGCCUACUGGUGAUGAAUCUAUCGGAAAGAAGGCGCAAUCGGCACCUGAGCUGCCAGAGGCGAAGAAGAUGCCAGUGCAGGAAACAGAGAAGAGCAAGAAAAAGGCCGCCCCGACGACCAAGAAGAGCGAAUCUGCACUGCCGAGCUCUGCCCCAACAUCGGCUGGCGAGCCAAAGCGGAGGAUCAGCAGCUCUUCUUCAGCAGCUUCUUCGGCUUCAGCGGCCGGGUACGCUCCCAAGGCAUCAGACGGGAAAGCCGACGCCGUGGCAAAACCUGAUGCUGCGCCCAAGGGCCCGGACAAGACCACAAAGAGUGCAGGUCCAGUCCACCAGGCCGAUUUGGCUGCCGGGCAAGAGGGGCCCGACGCGGACUCGGCAGCUGCGCUACGCACGGAUCAGGCAGCUGCUGUUUUGUCGGACACGACACCGGCUGAGCCGAAUGCUGCAAAAAAUGUGGACAUGGCGAGCGAGCUUGGCAGCGAUGCGCGAUCGCUUCAGGGCAACCCGGAAUCCGGGAACAUUCCAAGCCCUAUGAGCCAGGACGGCACCACGGUGCGAAUCUCCAUGAGCGACUCCUCCUUGCAGGAGCAGAUUCCGCCUCCGUGCGGGUGCCUGUCCUCAUCGACCAAGUCGAAGUCGCCAGUAAGGUCACAAGCACCAUUGCAACAGCCAGCCAGGCCACCGUUAAAAUGUGGGCGCUUGACGAUUUCUCUGUAA